GCUCAAUUGGUGCAAUAAACGAGCAAUAACGAAAUAAACCGGUUCUACCUACUUUGACACAACUGAGUACGGAAGGUUGCUAUUAUUACUGAACGAAUAACCCUUCUCGACAUUUGGGGCACUACUCCUAUUACAAACCUUUACAUAUACUUGAACACUUCUGCGACAAGUCGAGAAACAAUAUUUAUCACUAUAUACCACAAUGGCCACCCAGGGUCCCUCUCCGCUACCCCCUACAACCAUCCUCUCUUCCAAGCCUAUCUCCCAGGCUGCCGCGCACGAUUUCCUAGCCGCCUAUCUCGAUCGCGCCGCCACAGACCCCGCCCUCCAACCUAAUGCCGGUAUCAGCGAACAUGGCCCGACCUCGCGCACCACGGCUGCCGCACCCAACCUCAUUUUGCACAACCUGAAGCGCGUUCAGGCUGGCCUUGCUGGCGAAGUUCUGGGCAGGGAUCUGGCUCUUGCGAAGCUCAGCGCUGGAGAGGAGGGCAAUGCGCAGCAGACAGAGGCCGGAAAUGAGGGGUGGGAGGACCCGAAGAAGCUUCAAGAGGAGGUUGUUGCUGCCGAUGAUGAUGACGAUGUCCGCAUGGAUAUGGAUGCUGUUGAGACAGAGCAGAAUGCCGAGACUGCUGCGGGUCUUGAUAAAGAGGAAAGGAAGCGGAAGAAGAAGGAGCGCAGACUUGCAGAGAAGAGAGCGAAGGCCAAGUCGGACGCUUGAGUAGUGAAUGAAAGCGAAAGAAAAGUUACUGUUUUGCGCGCAGGUUUUGCUAUGGGUUGCAUCGGCUUUGCUACGGGAUUUGUUUUUCUGCUGUCUGUCUUGGAUUCCCAAGAUAUAUUAGACUUGUGCAUAUUGCAUUGGCGCAUUCAAGGCGAACUUAAUCCAUUGGAAGACGAUUACGAUUGGUUUAUUAUAACCGGUGAUAAGAACUCAAAAAUCCAUUAACAAUUGAAUAUGCCUUCAG